CCUAGCAAUAUUUUAACAUAUGUAUCAGUAUUUUAUCAUUAUUUUAUAAAAGAUAGAAAAAGAAAAUAACUUAUAAUUAUUCCAAUUAUCAAUGGAUUCAAUUUUUAACGAAAUAUUUACCCAUGUCUUGGAUACCGAGGUAGCAGAACUGAUUUCCCUUUCUGAAUUUAUAUAUUUUAAUCAGCGCGACAACCCAAUUUCCAACACUCCGGAGUUCAUGAAGCUGAUGUUGACAUUGGAAUCGGUCGUGAAGGGCAGUGCUCAUCUAGUGAAGGCUUCAAAUAUAAUAGAGAAGCGGGCCGCAGAAGACCUAGAACUCGAGAGAGAGGAAAUGUUCGGAAGCGACUCCUCCGAGCCGGACUCUUGCAUCUCCCAUAUCUCGUCGGACCUUUUGGACGACGGCGAAGACUUCAUCUGCAACAUCGGUUCCAAUCCGAACCUCGCUGCUGGACAGAAACAGAGAUCUGUAUGUUCCGGGGCCUCUUCGAGGACGCAGAGCGUCUUCUUUAAGGACGAAUGGGGACAAACAAUCGCAGAACGACUCAAUACAGUAUUUGUGGAUUAUUUUGCCGAUUCUUCUACAACGUCAUUGAUUGCGAGUGAAAUGGAUAAAACAUUUAUGUUGAUUGACAAAGAAAAGAGAGGCAGCUACGUUCUGUAUUACAGCCCAUUGGAUUGUCCUUACAACGUCUACUACGGAUCAACUUGCGGUUCUAUGUUUUCCUUCGUAAAAAAAACAGAUUACAAGUUCAAACAAUAUUUAAAUAUGGAAAACGCCCUGCUCCCUGGUACCUACGUGGAUUGUGCUGGUUACGUUAUAUACGGAUGUAGUACUGUUCUCACUCUGGGGAUCCGCAAUGCAGGUGUACAUCAGUUCACGCUGGACGCCAAUUUGGGAAUGUUUAUAAUGACAGCGACAAACAUGCGGACACCGAUCAAAGGUAAAAUAUAUACUAUUGACGAAUCAUCAUCUCUAUCCUGGAAUCAAGUCGUCGCUGAAUAUAUUGACCAGAAAAAGAAAGAAGAGGAACGUUUAGACUACUACCAAACUGGUAGUGUUGUUUCAACAUUACAUUAUAUCAUCAAAGAAGGUGGAAUUUUUAUUGACCCUGCAUCAGAAGGAUACAAACAUGGACAGACACCAUUGUUGUUCACUGCAAUCCCGAUGGCAUUUUUGAUGAAAGAAUGUGGUGGAGAAUGUUACGGUGGAAACGGUCUACAGAAUGUACUUGAGAUGUUUCCUCAAACCCUGCACGAAACAAUUCCUGUCUUUUUUGGUUCUAAAAAAGAUGUCGAAGGGCUAAAGGAUAUGUUCAGAAAGUAUUAUGAGAGUGCACAUUAAAUUUUAAUAAUUAUAAACUGUGA